CCGAAGAGCAGGAGACAAAACACGAUUAUUGAAAAGACGGCGAAGUUCGUUGCUGAAAACGGUGCCCAGAUGGAGAUAAUUAUCAACGCGAAGCAGAAGGGCAACAAGCAAUUUCGGUUUCUUGACUGGGAUCAUCCUUACCACCGGUACUACAAGUACGUGCUAAGGAUGAUCAAGGACAAGAAAUACACCCCGAAAUUGGAUCAAGCCGCGGAUGAUGAUAGCAUCUCUAGCAGCGACGAGGAUGAUGAUGGAACCUACCUGCAUCCAAGUCUGCUCGCAGGAGGCAGCAUUAAUAUACCUAACGGAGUGUCAUCGCCCGGCACCGUUAUGCACGAUUCGCAUUCCACGCCCAACUUCACGAUAAGUGAGCCACCGACAAGGCCGAGCUACAAGUUGGGUCAAGAGAACGACAUGUACUCCCAGCUGUACAACAGACUGACAGCUGUAUUUCCGACACUGGCCAAGCAGGAUUCAGCGCCAAGGGAUGGUACUAGUACGGGUGCCAAUGGUGAGGCCAUGACUCCGCAGAACGAGGAAGCAGCCGGCUCAGCAGAUUCUGCCGAUAAGCUGGUAGCGGCUAUUAUUCCACCGCCUCCUGAUGUCCAACCAAUCGUCGACCGUCUGGCAGAGUACGUGGCAAGAAACGGCGUAGAAUUUGAAAACAUAGUCAGACUUCAGCAGGACCCACGAUUUGUGUUCAUUGAGCCGGACAACCCGUACUAUGGGUAUUAUCAAGCGAAGGUGCGGUGGUAUCAAUACGAAGACUAUAUGACAAAGUAUUACCACGGGGCUGGCGAAUGGUUCGGUAAUGAACCGGCAGAACCAGAAACGAUAACGAGCUCAGAAGAGAUUAAAGGUCUGCAGACGACGGUCACAAUGUCAUGUGUAGAAAAUGCUCAGACUCAAAUUAAACCAGUGAUCGACCAUCCAUGGUGUUCGGCAGAGGUGACGAAACCUGCUCCGACGGAGGACAAAAAGAAACAGGUAACAACGAAUGACCUUAAGCCCUUGGACAAACCCAGCUCGGUCUCGAUCUCGUUUUCUAUCAAGCCGAAGGAGAAGCAGGAAUGUGCAUCAAAGCUUAAACCAGUGUCGUGUGCCUUAGGUGACGACAGCGAUGAUGAGCGGCAAAGUUCGACGUUGCCGCUUCCUGAACCGUUGUCCCCUAUUUCCGUUUCGCUUUCUACCACUUCCAGUGCACCAGCAGUUGUUUCUCCUGUCAAUGUUUCAGAUGAUUUUAAGAUCGCAGAAGACCACAUAGCUUCAUCUAAAAUCACAGUUGCUUCAGCAGAAGAAUCGUCUGUAGAAUUCAACGGUACUGCUGAUGCAAAACACGAGUCUUCACCCACGUCGAGCACCGUGGGCAAUAGAAGCACCCCAAAGGAAAACGCUACAGACGAACUGAUAGAGUCUUUUUUCACGGACACCUUGGAAAACCCUAACGGUAAAGCUGUGCUAAAAUCUCUACAAUCCGACCGUAGGAUUCGAGCUCGUUUAUUCUUGUGUAAAUUGCGGAAGAGCGAGGAAGAUCCUGGCAAUGACGUAAAAAUUGCGCCAUCAGAUAUUGAAAACGAUGGAGACUUGUCCAGAAAUCAGGGACCAAAAACUGAAAAGCCUCACAGGAAGCCAGACAAGAAUUAUAGCCCUGAUUUGCCACUAACUUACGCCAGACACGGCUCCCACAAAAGAAAAGCAGAUUCGACGAAGAGCAGCAGCAGUAGUGUGCUUUCUGAUCAGAAACCUUGUCCAACAGCAGUGCCGUCUGUGGAUCAGUUAUUGUCAUCGCUCUUUAUGUCGUGGAAAGCCGUCAUUGAGAAAGUAGAGGAUUGCAACAGACCAAAUUCUGUGAUGUAG